UGCCGAGGGCGGAGGAAGAUGGCGGCGGGGGCUAGGUGAGGUGUUGGCAGUGGCGAGGGGCUCGGGCGCGGGGGGUGGGGGGCCGCGGAGCGAUGGCCCGCGCCGGCCGCUGGGGAGGAUAAGACCCCGUCGCGCCGCGGGUGUGGGCCGGAGGGAGGAGACGGUGCCCGAGCGCCACGGGAGUAUGACGGGGCUGUACGAGCUGGUGUGGCGGGUGCUGCACGCGCUGCUCUGCCUGCACCGCACGCUCGCCUCCUGGCUCCGCGUUCGCUUCGGCACCUGGAACUGGAUCUGGCGGCGCUGCUGUCGCGCCGCCUCUGCCGCGGUCCUAGCGCCGCUCGUCUUCACGCUCCGCAAGCCCCCGGCCGGCGGCAGGAACCGGCGUCAUCACCGGCACCUUCACGGGGGACCCGGGCCGGCCGCCACCCAUCCCCGGCUGCGCUGGCGCGCGGACGGCCGCUCCCUGCAGAAGCUGCCGGUGCACAUGGGCCUGGUGAUCACCGAGGAGGAGCAGGAGCCCAGCUACUCGGACAUCGCAAGCCUCGUGGUGUGGUGUAUGGCCGUGGGGAUCUCCUACAUUAGCGUCUACGACCACCAAGGUAUAUUCAAGAGAAAUAAUUCCAGAUUGAUGGAUGAAAUAUUAAAACAACAACAGGAACUUUUGGGCCUAGAUUGUUCCAAAUACUCACCAGAGUUUGCAAAUAGUAAUGACAAAGACGAUCAAGUUUUAAAUUGCCCUUCAGCAGUGAAGGUGCUGUCCCCAGAAGAUGGAAAAGCGGAUAUUGUGAGAGCUGCCCAGGACUUUUGCCAGUUAGUAGCUCAGCAGCAGAGGAGACCCGCAGAUUUGGAUGUAGAGCUGCUAGACAGCUUACUUAGUUCACAUGGUUUCCCUGAUCCUGAUUUAGUAUUGAAGUUUGGUCCUGUGGACAGCACCUUAGGUUUUCUUCCCUGGCAAAUCAGAUUGACUGAGAUCAUUUCUUUGCCUUCUCACCUAAACAUCAGUUAUGAGGACUUUUUCUCCGCCCUUCGUCAGUAUGCAGCUUGUGAGCAGCGCCUGGGAAAGUAGUGCUUCCAGGUUGCGAAUGUGAUUUCAGGCUUUUGGAGAAAAGGACCCAAUUGACUCUGAUGUUUACAAAGUACCUAUAAAACCUUGUACACACCUAGUUCAUAUUCCUCAUAAUUUAUCAACAAACACAAAAAAGUGUCUUACUUGAGAGUGAGUGAGAGUGUGCGUGUGUGCGUGCACGUGUGUAUGGAGAUAAAUUUAUAAAUGGGGCACAUUGGCGAAUGAGUACAUCACCUACAGUUGAAGCAUGUAGCGGCCAUGUCUUCGCAACUGAGAUUUCAGAUGGAGAGGCUUCAGCUCCUGCCACUCUUCUGUUUUUGUGGAGAGUGGCGGGGUGAGUAGAGAGAGCUGGUGUGGUCGUUUGUGGUGGGAGGGGAUCAUUUUUGUUCACUCUUUCUUAGUGACCAAACUUUAAUUUUUAAGAAUUGACUUGCUAGUGGAAGUAUUCUCAUUUUGAGGGACAUUCAGAGAUUCUGGGUUGUUCCCUUGUUGAAAGUUUGCUCACCUGCAGAGCAAAGACAAGCCUCCUCAGUUUUCCGUCCAUUUCAUUUUUCUGCGUAGUAAGCAGUGGGACUUGAGAGUACUGGUCUGGGUUGUAAAGAUCAUUUGGGAAAAAAAAACUUAACAAUAUUAAAGUACAAAAUGUAAAAAAAUUUAAAUAUGAAUUAGGCAGUCAAAAACCAAGAAAGUGAACAAAUGAUCAUCAUAAAGAUGGAAAAUUUCCCAGAGAACACAUUCAAUUACCUUAGGUAAUGAGUAGAAUCCUAUAUCAUACCCAAAGCAUUAAAAAAAUGUUUUGAUUAGCUUCUUAUUUAAAAUAAACAUUUGAGAGACAUUACCAAGGCAGCUUUUUCUCCUCUCUCGAGUGCUCCUGGGGUUUUCUUUGCCCAGGGAAUCUCAGUGAUGACUUCGCAUAAUGAAUAGGUAGAAUGGAGACCUGUAUUACCAAAGUCUGCGAGCGUAAUUUAACUUGAUCCUCCGUGUUCUCUUGUGUUCUAGAGAACAACACUGGUUCUGACAGAAAUAAAUUCUUGCUAGAUGUUUAAUGUUUUUCCACUGAUAAUCUUUGGAUGGAAACCAUUCUUUAUAUUUGAUGGGUAGUUUUCAGAAAACUUUUAUCAACAAGUGUACAGGAGUCAGGCAUGUUUAGAGCAGUUUAAAUAAUAGGCCUCAGAAAUCUGAAAAAUAGCAAAGAACAUGAGUUUGGAAAGUAUGCUCUGGAAUUGCUUGUCAGACUCUGUGUUUCAGCUUUGGAUUACAAACCCCAUUUAUGAUUUUUAAAAUAUACUUGAAAUAAAAUGAUUGAAAUGAA